AUGUCGUCGGGCUGGAGAGACAUCUACAUUGGCGCCUUGACUUGUGCCGCUCUUGUUGGUGCGGUCUGUUAUGUUAGGGAAAAGAGAAAAGUGCUUCCGCUGCCGCCGGGACCGCGGCCUAUGCCAAUCAUUGGCAAUAUCCGGGGGAUUGACAUCAAUGCCCCAUGGUUGGCUUACACGGAAUGGGGUAAACAAUACGGCGAUAUUGUAUACUCGCACCUUUUCGGCCAACAUAUUAUUGUGAUCAACUCCGAGAAAGUGGCAAUCGAGCUUUUGGAGAAACGGCCGGAGCUUCCAACAAACAAUCUUCUCGGUUUCGAUUUCAACACCAUACUCAUGAGAUACGGAGCUCGCUGGCGUCGCCAAAGAAGGAUAUUCCAUCAAGCAUUCAGGGCAGAGGCAUCUCUAGGUUACCGCCCAAUGCAGCAGCAGAAGGCUAAACAGCUCAUGUGUAACAUGCUUGAUACUCCAGAAGAGUUCGUAAACCAUAUUCGCGUAUUUUCAUCUUCCGUGAUAAUGUCGGCUUCAUAUGACUAUGAUACAAAGUACGAUGACCCAUUGGUGGCGCUCAUCGGGACGUCUCUCGAGUUGGCCGUGCAGGAACUCAGACCUGAGGUGGCUGCUGUGUUCAUCGCAUUUCCGAGUCUUCUUCGACUACCAGCAUGGUUCCCUGGUAUGUCGAUCAAGAAGAAGGCCAUCCAAUCACGAGAAUGGGUUCGAGAGUGGAUGGACGAUCCUUUCCAGUAUGUGCUCAAAAGAAUGGCUGAAGGGACAGCCCAGUCAUGCAUAGUUUCCACGCCCUCAGACGGAUCGGCGGAAAAGACAGAUUCGGUAUUGCAAAUCUUCAUCCUUGCCAUGGUGCUCUUCCCAGAGGUACAAAUGAAAGCCCACGCUUUGAUUGAUGCCGUCGUUGGCACGUCGAGGUUGCCGACUUUCGAAGAUAGAUCGUCCCUGCAAUAUAUCGAUGCUAUCCUUCGGGAAACUCUUCGUUGGCAUCCGAUUUUGCCCCUAUCAGUAUCCCAUGCGUCAGUGGAUAGCGAUAUGUAUGAAGGAUACUAUAUACCCAAAGGUGCCAUUAUUAUGCCGAAUGUGUGGGCAAUGUCACAAAAUGAAGAAAAGUACCCAAAUCCCUCGCAGUUCUCUCCCGAGCGCUUCCUGAACGCUGAUGGCAACCUCAAUGAUGAUACCGUCGAUAUGGCCUUUGGAUUUGGAAGAAGGAUUUGCGUUGGCCGACAUUUUGCUGACGCAUCUGUAUGGAUAGCAAUGUCCGGUCUACUUGCUAUGUUUACAUUUUCGAAACGAAUUGGUGCAGAUGGGGAGGCGAUUGAGUUCGAACCACAAUGGUUCAGUGGUAUCGCAACUCACCCACUUCCCUUUCCGUGCAGCGUCAUUCCAAGGCUCCGCAAGGUAGAUAUAUGA